AUGACACAGCCCACUGCCGCCUCCAAGCCUAGAGGCCUCUCUCGUUUCUCAAAGGCCUUGCCUGCUGUCCCGGGCCUACGCAGACCAUCCUCUUCUACUUCGCCUUCGACUUCGCCCGCCUUGCUUUCCCACCAGCUGCCGCCUCCACCAAAGGACCUGCCCGACCUCCCGCCGCCACCUCCGCCACCUCACAAGCAGGUUCACGAUUCGGCGCCGCAGCUGCCUCAGUUCUACGACAAGUCUCCUCCGCUCCCCGUACCAGGCGCCUUCCCUCCAGAAGACACAUUGGCCGUGCCCUCUCACAAAAUGUCGAUACCGAGACGUCCUGUUGGCGGAACCAACAAUGCCAUGCUCUCACCAUUUCCGGAGCCCUCGCCUACCGCCUCUCUCUCUAGUCUAAUUUCUGCCUAUUCGCGCCCAUUCGAGUCCCCCACCACAACCGCUCACACAGGCGCGUAUCCCGACACGCCAGCAGCUUCUAGUCGCGAGACUUCACCCCCACGGGAAGCUCCGGCUGUUCCGGACAAGUCUGCUGGUGCUGCCCAUCACAGCAAGCUGCCUCCACCCCCGGCAUCUGAGGCAGCUCGUAACGACAAGGAUGUACCGCCUGCGCCUCCUACAAAAAACGAAAUCUGGCGCCGCCGGCCGCAGAAUGACAGUCGAGAAAUAUCUGGCCUGAAGCUCGAUUACAGCCACGGCUCAACCGUUUCCAGCGCCGUCUCGAUCAUGUCCACAUCCACCACAUCCACGCAACGCCCAGCCACCGCAGUCCAGGACGAACCUUCACACUCCCAGCCUGCGAAGCUAAGGAAACCUCCGUCUGUUGGCGGUCUGCCAGGCCGCAACGUCCGGCCCUCGAUCGCGUCCAAGGACGAGCCUCGAGCUUCUAGCAACAAAGCAGCCACUAAUCCUGUCCAAAGCAAGCAGUCCUUGCCUUCUCUUGCGAGAUCGGCAGCCACUCCUUUCACCAAUCGCCCUCCGACGCCCGAAUAUCAAAAAGGCGAGUCUCGUGCUCCUGUCGUCACCACUUUCACCUCGCCUGCUUCACCCGCCGCAUCCCCGGAGUCGCCCAGCAGAUUCUCGCCAGGAUCUGCUAAGGACCUUCCCCCGCCGCCCCCCAGGAAUCCGAGCAGAAACGCCUCUGCCAGCACCACGCCCAAGCUCGGCCCUGUCACAUCUUCCUCGAUGCUUACAGAGAUACCCCGCCGCAAGCCCGCCACCGCGCUGUCGCCCGUUACCGCACCGCCGCCCGCCAACGGAGACGCUGUUGCCAACAAGCCCCAGCUGUCGUCUACCAUGACGUCCUUUUCUAGCAACCCAAGCCGCGCUCGCACACCCCAACGCCGACCUCCUAGCGACCCGCGCAUUGUCCAGACCGACAAGGGCCCCAUGUACCGCGGCCGCGACGGUACGCUAUACCCGGAGAUGGCCAUUCUACGCGAACCCGACCCUCGCGCGCUCCGUUUUCCCACCUGGAAGGGCAAGGAGGUCGCGACAGCUGCUGCCGACGGCGUCUAUACCGCACGGGAGCUCAAGGCAUCGCACUACUCGUGUUUCCAGAAGCAUGCGAUCAUGAACCGGCGCACAAACCGGCAGUACCCGCUGACGUGCCAGACGUGCAGCAAGGCCAACGCGGACGACCGCUGGGCCUGCACGUUCUGCCACUUGCGCAUCUGCGAGUCCUGCUUUCGCGUGCUGGACGCGAACCAGCGCGAUCUGAGGAGGCUGGUGGCGGAUGUUGGGCGCCACGCACCGCUGAGCCUGUCGUCGGAUUCGCGUCCGGCGUCUGCGUUUGGCUUGUAA